UAAGUGCGUCGCAACUUUCUCGACGCAGCAAAGACCUGAUCACAACUUUUGCUUUACAAUAUAGGUACAUGGGGGCACCCGCGUGUGCUUUAUUUUUCGUUUUCCCGUGAUAAGAUGAGAGACGGGAAAUUCCGAGGUCGAGGGUAUGCUGAUGGAUGCGUGUCACUUUAGGCGAAGUCAAUUCGUUGAUCUAGCUGAACUGCACAGACCCGAUCUUUUUCGUAGCUGCAUUUUGGCCAAGGACACACAUACUUUUUUUCUAUCAAGGACCAAACACAAAAUGGCCCUGCAAGGAAUGCGUGUAACCACCGCUGCGUCGGUGCCAGGAAGUCGCGCUUUACCGACACGUGCUUCUAGGUCGCGAUGGCUUACUACUAUCCCAUCCGAACCCAAUUUACCAUAUGUCAGGACCCGCGACGGACAAUCGCAGCGACAACAUGAGAUGAAAUCGAUACGAGAGCGUCUACCGCUGUGCCGCUUUUUAGAUCGUCGUUGUUUACACGCUUCUACGGCGCUUCAGGAUGACAAAGAAGAAGAACCGCGCAGCAUUCUGGUCACUUCACCUGCUGAGACUCGACUAAGUGGAACUCUCGAAGAAGGCAGUUCUGCCCGACGCGAGUCGCCGGUUGAGAUAGCCGAAGCAGGAGCGCGGAUAUUUCUCUCUGCUGUGAAAGGGCUCGAUUCGGCUUGGCAUUUCUAUCCACUGCCGUAUCAGUGGCCGGCAACUUUUUUGGUUCAAUAUCAGGAAGCUGAACUGCAUUCUGAGUGCGAUUCGUGGUUCCCACUAUCGUUGAAAACAACUUUUCAAACCUACGAUCGAAACAAAAAAAAGCUUGCGAAGGUCGACCCAAGGUCCAUGGAAAUGCCAUCGGACAAGCGAGUUUUCGUCUACAAUCGGGUGAAUGAGCUGCCACAUCUGCAGAUCUUCGUCGGGCCGCUUCCAGGUAUGUUUUUUGUCGAUUCCCCUGCACGUGGAGUACGGCGCAGAAAGGCUACGACUGAUAAUACCAAAACCUACUGGUUUAACGAGUCGGAGCAAGUGGGUGCACGCGAACUCGUACGGCGUCUACAAAACGAGUGGCAAGGCGGCAGCGUCCGAGGAAAAGGAGAAUGGUAUCGCAGCUUUCUCGAAAGGAUGGGCACCCUUUCUGGAAAAACAGCUACCUUUUGCCGUGCAAUGAUCCAGAUGCAAGACAAAGUGUACGGACCACUCGGCGCAGAAGUCACGUAUCGGCGCGCUCAAACCGCACACAACACUGUUGUAAAUGGCCGAAAAGUUCUUCACAGGGUUGCUUCACCUGUUUCACAUUAUGCUGGACGAGCCCUGACUCUUACGACCGGAACGACCACGACUGACUCGGGCGUUCGCCCUUAUUCGCUCGCUGAGUUGCAAGCACUCGACUUUGUAUGUGGAGUCAACUAUUGCAGGGAGGCGAAUGAAGUGCGAGGAUUUUUCUUCUUUCCGCGCUCUUAUUUGGUGACGCGUUUUGCACCAUCUCCGAGUAAGAAUGACCACUGUAAACCUACCUACUGGGUAUAUUUUCCGGAGGAUUCCCAUCGUGCGCGGUCUGACGAAGUGAAGAAGCGGAUACCCAGCGAUCUCGAGUUUUACAUCGACUUGGAAGAAAGAGAUGGCAAUCAGUUGCAGAAACUUCGUCGAAUUUUGGAAGGCACCUAGUACACGAUAGAAAAAGGACGAAGGAAGCAGUAUUUUAUCAAGCGACGACGACGGACCGGGCGGGAGGAAAGGUAAGAAAAAAGGAAAGAAGAAAAAGGGAAAAGGGAAGGGAAAGAAGUGAAAAAUUUGCGUGCACCCUUUGCGCUGUGGUGGAUAUAGAGAAGAUAUGAUUUUUCUGCGAAACGAACCACACCAUACGCACCUGAGGUUUAGGUUUUUUGCAAACGAUCUUGCAACUGCUGAAAUGAAAAGCGACCCAUGGACAACUGACGUCAGUUCAUCGAUCCCCACAGAUUCAAAAGGUAGUGGACACGUCGAAGAUCAAGGCCGCGUUUCUUAGUGUGUCAGGCACGCAAUAUGAAUUCGCGAAUGAGGCGAGGACCCACUUGAGAGGGAGUGAUUCGGUAGGCUGGGGCGUCAACUUUCUGUGCGCAGAGCGUCAAGGAGCGAAUGGAACCAGGAAAGAGAGGAGAU